UAGAUAAAGUUUUGAUUGCACCACAUAUCGAAAUCUCCUAGCUGUAAAAAGCAUGUCGCAUCUAUAACGUGACCUACAUAUAAUCUACUUGUUUUGGACAUUCGCGAUUUACUUACCUCAGGGAGAAGAUAACGUUUAUGUUGGCGUAGUUAAAUGUUUACCAGUUAACACCCGUACAACAUGUCGGCGGUCUUUUUCAUAAUCUGUGCAGUCGUGGGAGCUUGGGUGAAUUGCCAGGCUCAGAUCUCAACAAGAAACGGACCAAUCCAGGGGCAUGCACUGACAAUACAGGGGAAGACGCUGAACAGGUUUUUAGGGGUUCCGUACGCCAAACCGCCCCUUGGGGAUCUUCGAUUUAAGAAACCCCAGCCUGUGGAAAACUGGACUGGUGUUAAGAAUACUACGGUGUUUGGGGACUCUUGUAUGCAGCUUGUGACACCAGAGUUUCCACUUCCGAAAAAGAUCUCGGAAGACUGCUUGACCUUGAACUUGUUCGUGCCAGGGGACAUUCACAUCAACAACAGUAAGGCAGUAAUGGUCUAUAUACAUGGAGGGGGUUAUAACACCGGAGAGACGGAUAUACUCAUCUUUGACACAUUCGCCUUGCAAGGUGACGUUAUCGUAGUGACAGUCAACUACCGCUUGGGUCCAUUUGGAUUUUUGACCACUGGGGACGUCAACGCGCCUGGUAACGCUGGACUCUGGGAUCAAAUAGAGGGACUGAAGUGGGUGAGAGAUAACAUAGAAAACUUUGGCGGAGACCCUAACAGAGUGACCAUCUUUGGUGAAUCGGCAGGUGGCGGUAGUGUUUCACAACUAGCAACGACCUUAGCCGCUAGGGGUCUCUUCCAUCGCUUUAUUUCCAUGAGUGGCACAGCUGUCAGCGACUGGGCGUUCGUGGACGGAUCAGCUGAUAUAGCCACCAAAAUGGCCAACAUAUUAGGCUGUAAUUCUUCGAAGUCAGACACAGCAAAACUAGUCGCCUGUCUGCGGGGCGUGGAUAAAGCUCGCCUUCUAAAUGCUAGUUUACAAGUGCCCGCGUAUUCCACUGGGCUAACGUUUGCACCGGUUGUGGACGGUGACAUGUUCCGUCAACCUGUGACAGAGUCUCUUCAAAACCCCGACUCAGAGCUGGUGAGGCAUUUCCGCUCCUUAGACUACAUGGGUGGAUUUUUGAACUCGGACGGUGGAGGCAUGCUACUGGGAAUGGCUUUCAAUUAUUCGCAGGGAAUCGAACCGCAUUUGCUGCGUGAUGAACUGAUUCCAAACAUCGCUAAAACAAUUUCUACCUACUUUGAGUCGGAAGUCGCACAAGCAAUACAACGGGUCUAUUUUUCUUCGGCAUCGGAGGACCUAGGUGCAAAUGCACGUGGCUUUGUCAAUCUCCAAACCGAUACAGCGUUUGCGGUUUCUACCGUUAAAUUUCUUUCACAUCAUCUCUCGUCCAGCAAUGGCACUGGGUCUUCUUAUUUGUACUACUUUACCAAGGAACCUUCAUUUGGGCACUUAAUACCUAUGCCGGCUUGGUUUCAAGGUGCAAACCAUGCCGAUGACGUGGCCUUCAUGUUACAUGGUCAGCUGGAUUUAUCGGGACUGAUAAAUAUAACGCUAACAGAGGCGGAGAGGGAAUUUUGUACAAACCUGGUGAAUUACUGGACAAACUUCGCAAAAAGCGGGAACCCCAACAAACCGGUUCAUGUACCGACUGCUUGGGAGCAGUACACGGCAACAGGAAAGCACUACCUUGACCUUGGAGACACUAUAGCUAGCAAAACAGACGUGAUUCCACAGCGCAUGAAACUCUGGCUGACGACUAUCCCGCAGAUACUGUCACGUGGUACAACACCAUCCCCCACCACAACCAGUGGACACAUUUACUGUUCUGCGUCAUCAGUAGUCAUUAUAACACUGACAUUAAUUUUUCUGAAGCGUUUAUUUUGAAUAAACAUAUUUGUUACUUAUGACUUUGCCAAUUCUGAAGAAAUUUACAUCGCCAAAAACCAUCUGUUGAUUCUGUUUUUCACUCACGAUAUAGACUAAUGGGUUAUAAGUUUGAAUUUAGAUUUUUGAAAGUUAUAAUGAUAACUGUAAUGUGAUAUAUCUGGAUUUCAAUAAUCAGGUACAUGCAACUUAAUAAUACACAAUUAUUUUGUAUUGUUGUGUUACUAUUAUGUAGUUACAGUGUACCGUAUAUGUGAUAUACAGGCCCGUAGCCAGCAGUUUCAAAAGGGGGUUCUUUUCUGAAAAAGUGGACCUUUUACCUUGAAACCUUCGUGUACCGAGUUUACCUAGAGGGGAUCCUUUUCCCGGCAAAAAGGAGGGUUGUUUUGAACCCCCUGAACUCCCUGAACCGCCCCUCCCCCCACGGGCCUGAUAUAAAUGCAUAAACCACGUCGUCAGCUCGCUUCACUCCUCGCUGCGGCGAACAUAGGAGGGGGGCACCGGACUAACCGGCAUACCUGAGGGGUGAAAGGUUGCAAUACCUAUCACUGCCCUCAUUUCCCUGAUGAGUCUGAAUGUAAGCAGACGUAAUAUUGGCUUUUAAAUAUCAAUUCAUUUUUUGUAUAGGUAUAGACAAAUUAUAAUUUAUUGGUUAUUUAAAACACAUAGGUAAUAAACCUG